AUGGGCUGUCUUCAGAAUCGCGUCGCAAUAAUCACUGGCGCCUCAUCAGGGAUAGGGCUGGCUGCCGCACUAGCUGCCCUAGAGGCCGGGGCCAGUGUAUUCGCCGUCGAUAUGUCGCCCUUUCCAGCCGCUCUUGAGGCCAGUGACAAGUGUCGGGCAAUGCAAUGCGAUCUUACAGAUCCCGGUACGCCACGGAAAAUUGUUGAAACCUGUACCUCGGCCUUCGAUGGCCGUAUUGACAUUCUGAUGAAUAUUGCCGGAGUAAUCGACCAUAAUGCCAGCGUCGACGCCGUCACGGACGAGGACUGGGAUCGGUGUAUGGCUGUCAACCUUACGGCGCCGGUAAAACUGAUGAGAGAGGUUAUCGGGGUCAUGAGGAAUCGGAAGUCUGGGGUUAUUAUAAACAUGGCAAGCCGGGCUGGAAUGAGUGGUGCCGCGGCAGGCGUAGCCUAUACGGCGAGUAAGCAUGGUCUUAUCGGAGCGACGAAGAAUGUUGCUUGGAGAUUCAAAGGGGAGAACAUCCGGUGCAAUGUGCUGUGUCCGGGGGGCGUCGCGACUGGGUUACUAAAUAGUAUUGAUCCAGCUCGGUUUGACCAGGAAGCCACCUCAAUGCUCCAGCCUAUCUUUUCCGCCGUGUACGCAAACCGGGCAGAUGGAUAUGGGGUCAUGAUGCCGAGCGAAGUAGCGUCUACUAUUGUGUUUUUGUGCUCAGAUCAGGCUUCUCGAAUCAACGGAGCCGUCCUUCCCAUUGACGAUGGCUGGUCUACUAUAUAA